AGGAUGCUUAGCCCUGUUACUAUGCAGCAGAUCAUUUCCACCCUGUUUGUGCUCAGCAGCGCUGCAGCGAUGGCAGCCAGUGAGUGCCCGGCUGAGUGCUCCUGCCCGCCCUCGCCCCAGCCAUGCCCGCCUGGCGUCAGCUGGGUGACUGACCACUGUGGCUGCUGUAAAGUUUGUGCCAGGCAGUUUAAUGAGGACUGCAGUGCCACCGAGCCCUGCGAUCACAUCAAGGGUCUACGCUGCCAUCUGGGGGCCGGAGAAGACCCUGAGAGAGGACUGUGUAGAGCUGAGGCCCAGGGUUUGCCAUGUGAGUUUAGCGGGCGUGUGUACCAGCAUGGCGAGGACUUCCAGCCCAACUGCCAGCACCAGUGCACCUGUAUGGACAGGGUGGUGGGCUGCAUGCCCCUCUGUCCUCGCCAAGUGCCACUGCCCGGCUGGCGCUGCUCACGUCCCCGGCUGGCCCGGCCCGAUGGCAGCUGCUGCGAGGAGUGGGUGUGUGACGACAACAACCACAUCAGUGAGGAGCCAGACGAGAUGACACACACCUCCCUGCCAGACAGCCGGUCCCUUCCCAACCACAUCAGUGCCCUGCUGCAGGCCCAGUCGCACCCUCUGCACCCAGCUGCUGCCAGAGGGGCCACACUCAGAGAGAUGGUGUCCUUCCCCAUGUCUGAGGUGUUACUCAAAUCUAGCUGUUUCCCACAAACCACUGAGUGGAUCGAGUGUUCCACCACGUGUGGGAUGGGCAUUUCAAGUCGAGUGAGCAAUGACAACCCAGACUGUCGGCUGCUCAGAGAAACCAGACUGUGCCAGAUCCAGCAAUGUGAGCUUCAGCUUCCUGUAGCUAGCAAGAAGUGGAAGAAGUGUCAGCGAACUGUCCGCCCCCAGGAACCGGUCAGAAUCACCUUCGCCGGAUGCUCGACUACCCAGCGGUACCGCCCUCGUACCUGUGGGACUUGCACCGACGACCGCUGCUGCACACCCUCCCUCUCCCGCACAGUGAUGCUCCGCUUCCACUGCCCCGAUGGAGAGGGCUUCUACAGAAAAGUCAUGUGGAUCCAGCGCUGCAGCUGCAAUACAAGCUGCCGGAUUCACAGCGGGCCCUCCAGCCCCUCAGUCAGCCUCCACAAUGACAUCCACACCUUCAGGCACUGACUCUUCAUGCCUGGCUCCUGGCCUGGCACACUGGGCAAAGACUCUGCACCUCCCCCUGCCUAAGCCUGUCUGUCAGUCUGUCGGCAGGGUGAGCCCCUGCCUAACCCCCCACCCCCAACUAUGCAAUACACUCGCUUGCACUUUAAGUGUCCUGCUACAAUCACAUCAGUCUGUCCACACUAGUGUUACUGCUCUUGUGCAGGGCAGCACUGAGGACAACACUCUAUGACACUGUUGGCAGAUGCUUUUACGGAAACUUCUUUUAUCGAAUUGUAAUGUUGUGUCCUCUCCACAGAGAGUCAUGUGACAGUCAUACAGAAUGAAGUUUUUUAAACAAAUCGGGAACAUUUAUGACAAGUGAUGGAAAUUAGGGACAUUUUAAAUAAUGAGGAAGAACUAGAAGACAUAUUAAUUUGUUACUAUAUGGGCGGUGUGUUCUUUAUUACCUGUCCUUUGUGACACACCUGUAGUGUGUGUGUGUGUGUGUGUGUGUGCGCGUGUGUUUUAGGAUGAGAAACCUUCAUAAGUAUGUGCUCAUUAUGCUACUACAGUAUAUUGAUCAAAGAAUAUAAUGUAUAUGUACUUCACUCUUAGUUGUGGAGUGGUAAAUACUAGGAUCGCCUCAUUUUUCGGGGUGUGAUUUAAUAUUUUACUUUUGUGUGUGUGCGUCCUUCACAGUGUACAUACAAUGUUUUAUUUUGAGGAGUGAAAUAAUGCUAUGUAUUUAAAACGUGUUACACAUGUUCAUCGAAUGUUUUGGUCUGUAAUUUCCUGCACAUCAAAUAAAAAUGUAUCAACC